ACCUAACCUAUUAUCAGUGCAUCACACUGGUAUCACACCGGUAAGGUGACGUAAGUCAAGUGGAUGGUGCUGUCAAUUCGAAUUCUAGACAAACUUUUGUUGAACAGUAUUUUACAUAUUUUCAGUUGACUUGUACGAUAAUUGUGUAAAAUGAGUUGCCUUUAAUUCGCCGAAACAUUAUUGUGCUACAAACAGUGAUUUUAACACGCGUAGAUAUGCAUGAAAUUCAUGGAUCAUUAACUUAGUUUUGAAAAACAAAACAAUGAGAAAGGUUGUCCAAAGAAUACUUUGGAAUGAAUGCAAGGCCUAUCAUAUGGAAGUACUCAAGACGCAACGGUUUUUUAUAAAAGUACUAUGAAUAUAGAUUAAAAGUAUUCCGUGAAUAACAGAUAUCAAUUUGAAUAUUAAUUAUGUUAGUUGCCUCAUAGACAAUACUCUUAUAAGAUGGAUAUUGGCAUUGUUAAAAUUGCUGAAGAUAAAGAUUUUGAGAAAUUAAAACACUUGUACGAUGAUAAUAAUGACUGGAGAUUAGAUUAUAACAAACCUGAUUUGUCAGUUUGGACAAAAUCAGUACGUGGAAUUAGUUUUAGAAUGGUAAAAAUUAGAACUCGUUUUCCUGAUGUCCUGCCAGGAACUUUAUAUGAUGUAUUACACGAUCCUGAAUAUAGAAAAGUUUGGGACACUCACAUGAUCGAAUCAAAAGACAUAGGCUUUUUUAAUCCCAACAAUGACAUUGGUUAUUACUCAAUGGCCUGUCCAUCUCCAUUGAAAAACAGGGAUUUUGUUCUGCAAAGAUCAUGGCUUGAUACUGGUAUAGAACAAUUAAUUCUGAAUCAUUCUGUUUAUCAUAAAGAUUAUCCGCCGAAAAAACCAUUUGUGCGGGCAACAUCUUAUCUUACUGGAUACAUUGUGAGACCAUCUAGAAAUGGAGACGGUUCUGAACUGGGCUAUGUAUCUCAUACUGAUCCACAUGGAAAAUUACCUGUUUGGUUGGUUAAUAAAGUUACACAAAUAUUUGCCCCAAGAAUGGUUAAGAAAUUACAUAAAGCUUCUGUGGCUUAUCCUAGCUGGAAAUUGGUUAAUAAUCCUAAUUAUAAACCUUGGCACUUUCCUGAACAGAUUGCAUCGCCGCGAAUAAAAGUUGAAGAUUGUAUAAAAUCUGCGGAAGAAAGGAAUUCGAAGAAUCAUUUUGUUGAUGAAUCUGAAUUAAAGGAGUCUGCUGCUAUGGACAGUGAUUAGCUUCUUUUAGCAAGGUAUAUGUUUAUACUGUUAACAUUGACAAACAAUAUAAUAGUUCAAGUUAUUUAUGAAAAACAGUAUUACAGAAAUUCAUAGCAACACACGACAAAGUCUGAUAAGAGUUUAUUUGUCACGUGUGCAUGUGUAUAUAACUAUAUUAGUAUAUGUGGGAUAUAUACACAUUUUCACAAAUUAUAUUUCCUCUGUUGUACUAGUAUGUAAUGGCAUCGUACUUACUGUUAUACAUAAUGGAGCUUAAAUGACAGUAUGAUUAAUAGGAGUAUAUUAUGGCCUAUAACGUGUUACAUAAAUGCUAGUCAUCACUUCGUUAUCGAAUCUAGAAGAUAUAUAUGUUAUUGAAAGUGGAAUUUGUUAUAUGUGAUUUAAUAUAACGCACAAUACGCAGGUCGUACUUUUACAUUUAUGUUUUUUCGCAUUCAUAAAAAGGAUAGUAUUAAAUAUCAGUUUUUGUGAAAUGAUAAGGACCGCUGAAGGUACAAAACGUUUACAUGUUGCCUACAUUAAAUAUUUCUUAAGGUUAUUGCAUAAUAUCUUGGUAAAUAGACAAUGGUUACAGUAUUGUGGUACAGCAAGUGUGAUCUUAGGAGUAUUAGAAAAACUUUCAACUUUGAAUACAAUAAUGGUAAUCAAAUA